AUGCUGUUUCAACCACAUACUGACGGCCAAAUUCCGAUGGAACCGCAACACAUUGUAGCAAUCAUUUGCAUAGCACUUGUUCCCAUCUUCAGUUUAUUACUGUACUUCGUAUUCAGAAGAAAUUGGAAAAUUGCGUGCAUAUUCCUUGGAAUAGUUAAAAAUAUGUUGGAAACGGCUCUUCAAAAAUUUUUCUAUAAAAAUAUCGCCGUCACAUUGGGAAUUGUCGUAUUUGCUGCCGCUCUGUUGGUCUUCACCUUUGCAGUCAAGAAAAUUCAGGAAAACUUUUGGUAUUCACAUAUUGCUUAUGGACUAAUCGUGCUACUCAUAUCCAUCGCAUACUGUUGUGUUUUUCAUGAAUUCUUUGCCCUCAAUAUUUUUAUAAUUUUGAAUGUGGCUCUAGCGCUAGCUGCUGCAGUCGUGUUAAUCGCUGUCAAUCUGAAACGCUUAGAUUUAACAGCGUUUACGGCGGUCGUAUUCCUCGCAGUGCUCAUUGCAUUCAUAGGACUCCUAUCCAUGCUUCUCUCCGUUCUGCGUGUCCCAUUCUCUGAAGCUGUGAGCGAACUGUGUCUCUGUUUCGGUGCAAUGUUUGGUUUAUUCCUUCUUGGAAACACAACUGAUGCUCACAAUAAAAGUAAACAAGCAUUAUGCGUUAAGUGA